UCGUGAGAUCGCCAAAAUACAUUCUCCUGAAGAGUAGCGGAUCCAUUUCUCUUCGUCGACGAACAAGCCUUCCACGCUUUGUUGGAUGCCAUCCACUGUCGUUAGCCCUGCGUGGUUGUUCUCGGGCAAGCAGUGAAGAAGGUUCGAAGCCUUGGGCUUUUUCUGCUAUCAAAAUCCGUUUUUGCUUGGAUGGUGUGUAAUUGGCUAUCUUUAAUCGGCUUCACUCGUUGAUUGCCACAGAUAAGGUCGAAGGUCAGGGAUAGUAAGCAAGUAGUUUCUUUAAACCUGUAAGAUACAUUGAUUUAAGAUGCUUCAACACCAAAUUGUGCAAUCCCCUGCGCGACUAGGCCUUACAAACCCUAAUUCACCCUCCAUCCAAAACCCCACACCUCCCAAGCUUCCUCCAUCCCAAUCCCUUCACCAUCAACCCCACCAGCAGCCCACUUCCAAUGCUCCAUCCCCUGCACUCCUCUCUCUGCUCCCUCCUCUCCCUAGAGCUCAGGCUCUUCUUCUCCAAAUGGCUUCUUUGGCUUCUAAGCUCUUUGAAGUAUCUCCCAAUAGAUCCCUUUGGCUCACCUUCCGUGGAUCCCUCCCCAAUUUCCUUUCUUCACAAACCCAACCAGCGUCUUCUACCUCUGUGGAGUCUUCUCCUUCCUCCACCAAGGAAAUUCUUUCACUUUUCACAUCUCUUCAAACCCAAAUCUUUGAAGCUGUUGCAGAGCUCCAAGAAAUUCUUGAUCUACAAGAUGCUAAGCAGAAGGUUGCUCGAGAAAUUAAAGCCAAAGAUGCAGGGAUGCUUGCAUUUGCCAAUAAACUCAAAGAUGCUGAGCGGGUUCUUGACAUUCUCGUUGAUGAUUAUUCUGAUUAUCGCCGGCCAAAGAGAUUGAAAUCAGGAGAGAGCAAUGAGGAUGAUUCUUUGAACUCAACAACGGUCUCAACUCAGUUAAAGCUAUCUGAUAUACUAUCAUAUGCCCAUAAGAUAAGUUACACAACUUUUGCGUCACCAGAAUUUGGAGCUGGGCAAGCUCCUCUUCGAGGUGCACUUCCCCCUGCACCUCAAGAGGAGCAAAUGCGAGCAUCUCAGUUGUAUAAUUUUGCUGAUCUUGAUAUAGGAUUGCCUAAAGUGGUUGAAACUAAGGAGAAAACGAUUGAGCCUUUCAUUGAGCCUCCACCUCCUCAGCCAGUGCAAACGAAUCCACUUGCCAAUUUGACUGCAAUUCAGGGAUUGCUUCCUCCAAAUUUUACCAUUCCAACUGGUUGGAAGCCUGGAAUGCCUGUGGAAUUGCCUGUUGAUUUGCCAAUUAAGCCCCCUCCCGGAUGGAAACCCGGGGAUCCUGUGCCAUUGCCACCAAUGGACUCCCUUAAUGUACCAGUGUUCAAUGAACAACAAGUACGCCCACAUGUUCCACUACACAAGCCGCCUGAAGUUAUUCAGGUGCAGCCUGUGAAUUUGGAUCUUGGAGGGAGUGAUAGCAGUGAUUAUAGCAGUGAUGAAGCCAGCUCUGAUGAUGAAGAUUGACAAGUACAUGAGGUGAUAGUUUUCAAGGCACUAACUGAAUCGUAACAGUUAUUCAGCUUGCUUUAUUUUACCUGACUGAAUGAAUCCCCGGCUGAUCAUUUCCCCUGAGAUUUGAAAUGGUCAUUGCAACCAAUUUCAUGUCAUGUGUCCAAUGGUAAGUGGUCCUUAAUGUCCGUCAAAGCUGGUAAUUCUUGGACACUUGGUCAUUCGUGUUGCUCUUACAUAGUUGUUUCAUGUCACACACAUUCUAGAAUUGCAAUUAAUAUUCCCUCAUGAAGGAAGCAUCUAUUACUUAUCA